CAGGGCAAGGAUGAGUCUGUUCGGAUCGACGUCGGGCUUCGGUUCGGGAGGUACCAGCAUGUUCGGCAGCACGACUGCAGACAACCAUAACCCCAUGAAGGAUAUUGAAGUAACGUCCCCACCUGAUGACAGCAUCUCUUGCUUAGCGUUUAGUCCGCCGACGUUGCCGGGUAAUUUCCUCAUUGCAGGAUCAUGGGCAAAUGAUGUUCGCUGCUGGGAAGUUCAAGAUAAUGGACAGACAAUUCCGAAGGCUCAGCAGAUGCACACAGGUCCUGUACUAGAUGGCUGCUGGAGUGAUGAUGGGAGUAAAGUAUUUACUGCUUCCUGUGAUAAAACUGCCAAAAUGUGGGAUCUCAACAGUAAUCAAGCUAUUCAGAUUGCACAACAUGAUGCUCCUGUGAAGACUAUCCACUGGAUUAAAGCACCGAAUUAUAGCUGUGUGAUGACAGGAAGCUGGGAUAAAACUUUGAAGUUCUGGGAUACCCGUUCACCAACACCCAUGAUGACAUUGCAGCUCCCUGAAAGAUGUUACUGUGCAGAUGUGGUUCAUCCUAUGGCUGCUGUGGCCACUGCAGAAAGGGGUUUGAUAGUUUAUCAGUUAGAGAAUCAACCUUCUGAGUUUAGAAGAAUAGAAUCUCCUCUUAAACACCAACAUCGCUGUGUUGCCAUUUUUAAAGACAAAGUGAACAAACCUACUGGAUUUGCCCUGGGAAGUAUUGAAGGAAGAGUAGCUAUUCAUUAUAUUAACCCCCCAAAUCCUGCAAAAGAUAAUUUCACUUUUAAAUGUCAUCGCUCCAAUGGAACAAACACUUCAGCACCUCAGGAUAUCUAUGCUGUAAAUGGGAUAGCAUUUCACCCUGUCCACGGUACUCUUGCAACAGUAGGAUCUGAUGGUAGAUUCAGCUUUUGGGAUAAAGAUGCACGAACGAAGCUAAAAACAUCAGAGCAACUUGACCAGCCGAUAUCUGCUUGUUGUUUCAACCAUAAUGGCAAUAUAUUUGCAUAUGCUUCCAGUUAUGAUUGGUCAAAGGGUCAUGAAUUUUAUAAUCCACAAAAGAAAAACUACAUCUUUCUGCGAAAUGCAGCAGAAGAGUUAAAGCCUAGGAAUAAGAAGUAGUAUGUAAGUGGCCACCAGCAGUGACAGAAAUGCGAGACAGAGUAUGGGCACAGUGCAAAUUCUGCUUUAGUUUUUUCUUGCAGUCCAGCAAUGGACACGACGUUUGAGCCAGCGAUACUCAUGCUUGUUCUAGUCCAAAGGAGAAACUGUCAGUUGUGCCAGGUGAUCCGUAGUUCAGUAACAGGAGCAAACCAUUACAGGGUUUGUUCUGUUCAUCACCAAACCGAUGUGUGCAAAAUACUCGUGGCCUCAACUGCUUUAAGACUGACACCUUUUAGAGUUAAAAGUUGGUUACAUCUCUCUUAACGUGUUUUUGUCCCUUAACAGGGGUUUCUGGAUUGCAAAUAAAGUACUCAUUUUUGUAUUAACUAGAAAAUAGUGCUGGUGAGUUUCAUCCUGAUCACAAAUGCUGUGAAACAAAACAAGUGGGUCUCUUUCUGACUUGAAUCUACCACUGUUUACUUUUAACUAGCCAGUUGUAUACAUGCCAAAGUUUUCUUCAUAGAAGUGAAUGCUUAUUAUUCCUGUUUAACUAUUGUUUG